AACAACACUACAUCUCUUUUUUAAAGAAUCCAAUGCAUAAACGGAUCCAAUUCCUGCAAUCCAGCAGUUGGCUCAUACAAACAACCUAGCAUUUUGUUUGGAGUUCAGGCACACACUACGCCAAGUAGGCUAUUCGGAAGGGCAGAGGCGAACCAAUUGCAGAUAUGCCAGCGGUGUACUGAAAUAACCCGAUUGGACUACAGACCCUCGAAUGAUCGGAGUGGGUGACUGAUUGACGGUUCUUCAGUGUGCUUCAUCUGGACAGACCUGACACAGCGCAGCCGACACAGCCACGGCGGGGUACGAGGUGUGAGAGAGAACCGAAGAUGGGCGGAGGAGGACAGCAGACGGAAUCAGGCGAGCCGGCUAAGAGCGCGGGAGAUGGCGGACCCGGUGCGGUUGGAAGCGGGCGAGGAGGCGGAAAUUUGUCUGUCUUCACCUGGGAGGAGGUGCAGAAGCACAGUCACAAAGGCGACCAGUGGCUGGUGAUAGACAGGAAGGUCUAUAAUGUCACCCAGUGGGUAAAGAGACACCCGGGUGGCAUCCGAGUUAUCAGCCACUACGCUGGAGAGGAUGCGACGGAGGCGUUUACGGCCUUCCAUCCCAAUCUGACAUUUCCCAGGAAGUUUUUGAAGUCGUUGCUGAUUGGAGAACUGGCCGACACAGAACCCAGUCAGGAAGCAGGGAAAAACGCAGUGGUGGUGCAGGACUUCCAGGCCCUACGUGAGCGUGUGGAGAAGGAGGGCCUGCUCCGUGCCAAACCCCUGUUUUUCAGCCUCUACUUGGGCCACAUCCUGCUGCUAGAGGCCCUCUCCCUGGGGCUGCUCUGGCACUGGGGAACCAGCUGGAGCGUCACACUGCUGUGCUCCGUGAUCCUGGCAACAUCUCAGUCUCAAGCUGGGUGGUUGCAGCAUGACUUCGGCCAUCUGUCAGUCUUCAAGAAAUCCAGCUGGAAUCACAUUCUGCACAAGUUCAUCAUCGGUCAUAUAAAGGGUGCCUCUGCUAACUGGUGGAACCACCGUCACUUCCAGCAUCAUGCCAAGCCCAACGUCUUCUGCAAAGAUCCGGAUGUCAACAUGCUGCAUUUAUUUGUUCUGGGAGACUCACAGCCAGUAGAGUACGGCAUUAAGAAGUUGAAGUACAUGCCCUACAAUCACCAGCACAAGUACUUCUUCCUCAUUGGACCACCACUCCUCAUCCCUCUGUAUUUUCAGAUUGAGAUCAUGAGAACCAUGGUGACACGACGAGACUGGGUGGAUCUGGCAUGGUCGAUGACUUUCUACCUUCGCUACUUCUGCUGUUAUUAUCCCUUCUUUGGUUUCUUUGGCUGCAUCGUAUUUUUCACCUUCGUCAGGUUUCUGGAGAGCCACUGGUUUGUUUGGGUUACCCAGAUGAGUCACCUUCCUAUGGACAUUGACCAUGAGAAACACCACGACUGGCUAACCAUGCAGUUGAAUGCAACUUGCAACAUUGAGCAGUCGCCCUUCAACGACUGGUUCAGUGGACACCUCAACUUCCAGAUUGAACACCAUCUGUUCCCCACCAUGCCGCGUCACAACUAUCAGGCGGUGGCCCCCCUGGUCCAGGCUCUGUGUGAGAAACACCACAUCCCCUACCAGGUCAAGACCCUACAGGGAGCCUUCGCUGAUAUCAUCAGCUCACUGAAGAAGUCAGGAGAUCUGUGGCUGGAUGCGUAUCUGCAUAAAUAACUCCUUCCUUUCCCAUGCAGACAUCCAACCUACGGACAGAGAUAGUUCAAGGCAAUCUCUCAAAAUGUUUUAUAUGAAUCAUGAUGGCAAAAACAGCGUGGUUGUCUGCUCAAAUGUAAAUCACCAUUAAAAGUAAAGUCACAGUGGGUCCAACUGGAUGUCCAGUCUGAAACAUUCCCAUGACCAUCUUCAACAUACGUACAGUCAGAGUGCUCUAACGUACAGUGUCGAAUAUGAUAUACCACUACAUACUCUGCAUGAUGCCUGCAUGGUCUGUUGGUGUGAUAUGUAUUUAACUGUCCGUGCAGUUAACAUUUUUUUACCAUACCUGCAAAAACAGAGUGCGAGUUUAUAGUAUAUACAGAGAGGGUCUGCUUUACACAGCGUACAACUGCAUACGCCCCCCCUCCCACCUGGACAGACUGUGACGGGUGUUCAUUCAAAACUAUACAGUUGACAUUGUUGCGCAGUAUGAACAUGGUACUUUGAAUCCUCAAUGCUGAUUGGCUGAUAGCCGUAGUGUAUGAGACCGUACACCACGGCUAUGACAUCACAUACAUUUUUACAGCUCUAAUUGCGUUGGUUUCUAAUAGCAAUAAGACAUCUCGGGGGGGGGGGUUUCCGGUGUCGUUAUAGUGACGAACUCAAACCCGGGUAGCAGCAUUAGCCCUGAAUAAAUUUUUCCACGCCGUCAAAAAAACAAGCAGACCUGCCUUGUGUAAAAUGUAAUCUGCUACCAGGGAAACCUUUUUAUAUUGUUAAUAAAGACACUGCGUAAAUGUUGCAUUUACAACUAAUUCAUUUAGUAGUUGCUCUUAUUUAGAGCGACUUAAAGAUUAGUGCAUUCUUUCGUAAUAUAGCUAGGUGGGACGACAUCGUAGUCAUAGUAAGUACAUAUUUGCUCAAUGAAGUAACUAUCAGCCAAGUUAGUGUCAGGAGGAAGAAAAAACAUCUUGUGUGGCGUUUACAAUAUUCCCCUUUUAACGCAACCCAGAUGAUGUUGCUUAGCCUGUCUUGCGAAAUGUGUACGGUUGUUAGUUUCAAUCAAGUCCCAGUUUCUUCAAGGGUCAUGAGGGCAAACCAAAAUCUGUGUACCCAGGUAAGAUACAUGUUGUGGGGAAAGUCUACACUUGUUGUAUACGGCGCAUGUGAUCAUUUCUUGUUGUUGAUUUGACAUCUAUGGAGAUAGUUUGUUCCUCCUACAACUGUAUGGCAGUAAUUUACCCCCAUAUAUCUCACUCUGUCUGUGGGCCAGUUUAUGAAGACAGAGUGGGACAGGUAUCUCUUCUGUUCUUUGUAACAUCCAGAAUAAAUUUGGCCUAUUGACAAUUCGCACUA